AUGUCCCUUGUUAAGAUACCCUUCAUUGCGGCUGGAACGCUAGGCACCUACGCCUGUCUGACGCCUCCCCAACCGAAGGUCUCUGCCGCAGAGCGACCAAAGGACGCGACCACUUGGGAGAGAGUGUUCUCGGCCACUGUGCGGUUCUAUGUGGGAACUUUCAAGGCCCUCGCCUGCUCUGGAGGCAUCCUAGAGAUUGCCGUCAUCCUUGCGAGCAGAUUUCCUGCGCACCCGCUGUCCCAGAAGAUCCUGCGCUCGCUGGUCCGGGGACACAUCUCCCUGACGGGCCGCAUCGACUUCUCGCCGCUCUUCUUUGCUGGCUGCGGUCUCGCGGCCAUCGGGGGCUUCAUCCGCUACCAGUGCUACCGCACCCUCGGCCGAUUCUUCACGUACGAGGUGACGAUCCGCAACGACCACCAGCUCAUCACGGAGGGUCCGUACGGGUGGGUCCGCCACCCCAGCUACACGAGCGGCAUCGCGUGCUGCGUCGGCCUCGGCAUCUGCUACGGCAGCGCGGGUUCCUGGCUCAGGGAGUGCCGUAUCCUGGAGACUCUGGGAGGGAAGGUCGCUUCGUGGCUGUAUGUCGCCUUCGUCGUAUAUGGGACAGCGAGCCUCGUCGUUCGCGCACCGCUAGAGGACAAAUUAUUGAGGGAGCGCUUUGGCGAACAGUGGGAUGAGUGGGCAAAGAAGGUUCCGUACCGUAUGGUCCCCUUCAUCUACUAG